UACUACCUGAAGAGCAACAUGGAGACGGAGACGCUGUGCUCGGACGAGGACGCCCAGGACCUCCUGCGGGAGGGCCAGAUCUGCCUGCUGCAGCUCAGCACGGUGGAGGUGGCCACGCAGCUCAGCAUGCGCGCCUUCACGCUGUUCUGCGCCAUCGAGCCCACCGAGUACAUCGACGACCUCUACAAGCUGCGCUCGCGGCCCGGCCCCGCCGCCCUGAAGCGCUUCGAGGACGCCAUCAACCAGGAGACCUUCUGGGUGGCCAGCGAGGUGACGCGGGAGCCCCACCAGCUCAAGAGGAUGAAGACCGUCAAGCACUUCAUCAAGAUCGCCCUGCACUGCCGCGACUGCAAGAACUUCAACUCCAUGUUCGCCAUCAUCAGCGGUCUGAACCUGGCCCCGGUGUCCCGGCUGCGGGGGACCUGGGAGAAGCUGCCCAGCAAGUACGAGAAGCUGUUCGGGGACCUGCAGGACCUGUUCGACCCGUCCAGGAACAUGGCCAAGUACCGCAACGUGCUCAACAACCAGAACCUGCAGCCUCCCAUCAUACCGCUGUUCCCUGUCAUCAAGAAGGACCUCACCUUCCUCCACGAAGGGAACGACUCCAAGGUGGACGGGCUCAUCAACUUUGAGAAGAUGAGGAUGAUCGCCAAGGAGAUCCGGCAUGUGGGCCGCAUGGCCUCCGUCAACAUGGACCCCGCCCUCAUGUUCAGAACCAGGAAGAAGAAGUGGAGGAGUUUAGGCAGGUCUCUGAGCCAGGGCAGUGCCAACGCGGCGGUGCUGGACGUCAGUCAGGCCGGCGGCCAUAAGAAGCGUGUGCGGCGCAGCUCCUUCCUGAACGCCAAGAAGCUGUACGAGGACGCGCAGAUGGCCCGCAAGGUGAAGCAGUACCUGGCCCACCUGCGGCUGGACGACAGCGAGGACAGCCUACAGGCCCUGUCCCUCCAGUGCGAGCCCUCCGUCUGCACCCUCCCUAAGAUCCCGAGCGGGCGACGGUCAGACACGUCUCCGGUGGUGGCGCGGGCGGCUAGCCAGCAGCGCGGGCAGCUAGCGCGGGGGGGCCCCGGCCUGCAGGUCCCCGCCGUGGCCCUCUACCCUUCCCGCAAGAAAGUCCCAGUGAAGGACCUGCCCCCCUUCGGCACCAGCUCUCCUCACUCCCUGAAGAAGAUCUUGUCUCUGUCGGAGGAGGGGACCGACAGACAGAGGAGACCCCAAGAGGACACGGUGUCCAACACCUCCUCCCAGCUCUCUUCUCCGCCCACCUCCCCGCAGAGCUCCCCCAAGAAGGGUGUGUCCAGAGGAGGUGAGAGCUACGCAGAGAGCGGUGUCCACAGCGACGUCUCCUCCCGUUCCAGCCUCCUCAGCACCUCCUCCUUCGACAUGCAGGAGCAGCGGAGGCAGCGGAGCUCUGGGGGGGCCGACCCGGCCCUGGGGGGGGGCGGGGCCCGGCUGGAGAGACGGGCCACCACCGACCCGGACCAGUACAGCCUGGGCUCCUACUCCUCCAUGCAGGACUGCCGCUCCCUGUACGCGGGGGGGCCCACGGUGCUGUCCUCCCCCAGCAGUGAGGAGCUGACGGGGGACCAGGGCGACCGGGUGUCCCUGGACGCGGCCGACAGCGGGCGUGGCUCCUGGACCUCCUGCUCCUCGGGCUCCCAUGACAACAUCCAGACCAUGCAGGGCCGCUGUUGGGAGACGCUGGCCUUCGUGGCGGGGGGCGGCGGCGUGGUGGGCGGGGGGGGCGGGGUCCCAGCCGGGCUGUGGGCCGCCCAGACCCGCGGCAGCUGGGCGUCGGCCAGCUCCUCGUCCUCCUCCUCGGCGGCCUACUGGGGGGAGGAGUCGGAGGGGGACACGGGCACCAUCAAGAGGAGGGGCGGGAAGGAGGUGAACGCCGACGGGGAGACCAGCAGCAUCACCUCCACCGGCUCGGAGGACGCAAAGCACCGCGCCACACCCUCGCCCGUCACCACGGGGGGCAAGGGGCUGCUGGCGAGGAAGGACGGGCGUUACCGGGAGCCCCCCCCCACCCCCCCGGGCUACACGGCGCUGACCGCCGCCGACCUGCCGGACCCCCCGCCCCCUGCCGCCCCUAGCGCCCCCGUUGCCACGACGACGGCCGGGCCCCCCUGCAGCCGCCGGCCCCCCGACUACAGCACGGCGCUGCAGCGCUCCCGCAUGGUCACGCAGUCACCUGACCUGCAGCACCGGCCCCCCCGCGGCCCCCCCCACGGCCCCGCCCACGGCCCCCCCCGCCCGGAGGAGGAGGAGGAGGACGAUGAACAGGUGUCUGCAGUCUGAAGGGGGCGGGUCUUCCUGCAGUGAUGAGAGGCUCCGCCCAGUAGAAAGGGGCGGGGUCAGAGAGACUGACGUGUAGAAGGACCAAUAGACUCAUCAUCAGUUACGUACGUGCCUGCGGCCUCUGAUUGGUGGAGCUGCCGCCGGCCCCGCCCCCUGCCUUAAAGCAUCUCUACUGUGAAGACGACGGACUUCUGGCACUUUGGACGGAGACUUCCUGUUAGAGAGAGGGAGGCUUCCUGUUAGAGAGUGGGAGCCCUGGUUGCCAUUAGUAACGGACACAACCGACUGUUGCCAUCGGCGACGGACGCUGAAUAAAUUGAACUGACGUGUUGAGCCUCAUCUGCACUUUGUGUUUUAGUACGAGAACAAAACCCAACUUCCUGUCUUACUUCCUGUCCCGUCCCCCUCGGCUUGUCUCUCUUCUUGGACUCUGAGAGACACCCCCCCCCCUCCCAACACCAGACCAGUAUUAUUACAAAAACACAUACACACACGCACACAUCAACACACAUCAACACACAUCAACAUACACAAUAGCACACGCACACAGAUUAAAACGCACACACUGGACCACAACCACGGAUCAAAUGGCACUUUCAGCACAGCAGCGUGAGGUCAGAGGUCAGCGUGAGGUCAGAGGUCAGCGUGAUCCAACGCUGUUCCAAACUCAAUGUUUUUAAUCGACUGAUGAAGGUCAAAGCACAGAGUCGCGUUACUGCGCCUCUGCACCCGGUCCUGGUCCUCACCCGGUCCUGGUCUUCAGGGUCCUGGUCCUCAACCCGGUCCUGGUCCUCACCCCGGUCCUGGUCUUCAGGGUCCUGGUCCUCAACCAGGUCCUGGUCCUCGCCCCGGUCCUGGACUUCAGGGUCCUGGCCCUAAACCCGGUCCUGGUCUUCAGGGUCCUGGCCCUCAACCCGGUCCUGGUCCUCAACCCGGUCCUUGUCUUAAGGGUCGCUGACCCCUCGAUGACCUCUGAGGUGAACCAGCGGUGACCCCUGAUGACCCCAGGCGACCCCUGUUGACCACUGCGGUGACCCCCGCUGACCCCUCGGCCGCCGGUCACAUUGACCAGCGUCGGAGGCUCCGGUAGAUGAAGAAGAAGAAGAGUUUCCUGAAGGAAGCUCUCAAAGGUUUUGGAUUAAUUCUCUGACUUUGUUAUUGUCAUUUUUUGUAAUGGCUGCCGAUGGAUUGUGGGUAAAAUGAUGCGUUUGUAAACCGUGGUGAGAUCAUGUGUAUAUUAGCACCCGUUCGAUAAACAAGUUGCACAACAAGGAGAGCGCAGGCGCCGGUUGAGCGGUCAUCCCUACAUUAUCCCCAUGCUAAUCCCACUGCUAAUCCCCAUGCUAGUCCUACUGCUAAUCCCAUUGAUAAUCCCUUCAAUAUCCUAUGAUAAUCCCAAAUGCUAAUCCCACUGCUAUUCCCACUGCUAAUCCUCACUCAAUCCCACUGCUAAUCCUGUCAAUACCCCAAUGCUAAUCCCAAUGCUAAUCCUUUCAAUACCCCAAUGCUAAUCCCAAUUCUUAUCCGAUCAAUACCCUAAUGCUGAUCCCUUCAUAGACCCAAAACCUAUCCAAUGCUAACCCUUUCAUACUGCCAAUGCUAAUCUCAAAGCUAAUACCCUCAUAAUCCUAGUGCUAAUAACAAUGCUAAUCCCUCCACAGACCCACCGCUAAUCCCUAAAAGAAUCCCUUAAUAUGAUAAUCCAAGUGAUCAACCAAUCAAAUUCUCAGUGCUAAUUCCAGAUUAAUCCCAUCACUGAUCCCAAUGUGUUCCCAGCUCUAAUCUCUGAAAGUCCACUCUAAUCUAGUCCCACUCUAAUCUAAUCUCACUCUAAUCUCUGCAUAGUCCCACUCUAAUCUCACUCUAGUCGAUUUCCACUCUAAUCUCUGCAUAGUCCCACUCUAAUCUCUGCAUAGUCCCACUCUAACCAGUCCCACUCAAAUCAGUCCAAGCUCUAAUCUGUCCCAGCUCUUAUCAGGCGUAGAUCACAGCUCGUCAGCCUAGUGGUAGAAGUGUGUUUAAUGACUGAUGUCAAAGACGAUGUACAUUUAACUGUCCCCCGCAUCAUUUCUCUUGAUACUUCCACAUGUAUGUCUUUUAAAAAGACAGUUGAUGAAGUAUGUAUCUGUUGUUUUUUUUGUAUUUUUAAUACAAUAAUUGUAAAUAUUGGUUCUAUUUUUGUUCAAAUGUACUGUUUAUGCCUCAACCUCCAGUGGAACGCUGGAGAUCAAUAAAUACUGCGUUAAGAAGC